ACCCACCCACGUCUCCACCACCACCUUAGCUUCAUAGUGGAAGGAGUCAAACAUUGCUGCUCUACACAAGGUUGACCUGGUUGGCACUAAUUUACUCACGGACUCUUGGGGAAAUUCCUUAGUAAUAAAAGACUAGUGGCCUUGGUGCCCAUGCCCAGUGACCCUCCGUUCAAUAGCCGAAGAGCCUACACCAGCGAGGAUGAAGCCUGGAAGUCAUACCUGGAGAACCCCCUGACUGCGGCCACCAAGGCCAUGAUGAGCAUCAAUGGGGAUGAGGACAGCGCUGCUGCCCUUGGCCUUCUCUACGAUUAUUACAAGGUUCCUCGAGACAAGAGACUUCUGUCUGUGAGCAAAGCAAGCGACAGCCAAGAAGACCAGGAUAAAAGAAACUGCCUCGGCCCCAGCGAAGCCCAGAGCACUCUGAGCGGAGGCGAGAACCGUGUGCAGGUGCUGAAGACGGUCCCAGUUAACCUGUGUCUCAGCCAGGACCACGUGGAGAGCUCGAAGCGCGAGCAGUACAGCGUGUCCAUCAGCGAGAGCCCGGCCGUCAUCCCGGUGUCAGGCAUCACCGUGGUCAAAGCCGAGGACUUCACGCCGGUGUUCGUGGCGCCUCCGGUGCACUAUCCCCGCGCGGACGGCGAGGAGCAGCGCGUGGUCAUCUUCGAACAGACGCAGUACGACCUGCCCUCCGUAGCCUGCCACAGUUCCUAUCUCAAGGACGACCAGCGCAGCACCCCCGACAGCACCUACAGUGAGAGCUUCAAGGACGGGGCGCCCGAGAAAUUUCGGAGUGCUUCUGUCGGAGCUGAGGAUUACAUGUAUGACCAGGCAUCAAGCGGGACGUUUCAGUACACCCUGGAAGCCACCAAAUCUCUCCGUCAGAAGCAGGGGGAGGGCCCCAUGACCUACCUCAACAAAGGACAGUUCUAUGCCAUAACCCUCAGUGAGACCGGAGACAACAAAUGCUUCCGACACCCCAUCAGCAAAGUCAGGAGUGUGGUGAUGGUAGUCUUCAGUGAGGACAAGAACCGAGAUGAGCAGCUGAAAUACUGGAAAUACUGGCAUUCCCGGCAGCACACAGCCAAGCAGAGGGUCCUGGACAUUGCCGAUUACAAGGAGAGCUUCAACACCAUUGGGAACAUCGAAGAGAUCGCGUACAAUGCUGUUUCCUUCACCUGGGACGUGAACGAAGAGGCAAAGAUUUUCAUCACCGUGAAUUGCUUGAGUACAGAUUUCUCCUCCCAAAAGGGCGUGAAAGGGCUUCCUUUGAUGAUUCAGAUCGACACAUACAGUUACAACAACCGCAGCAAUAAACCCAUCCACAGAGCAUACUGCCAGAUCAAGGUCUUCUGUGACAAGGGAGCAGAAAGAAAAAUCCGAGAUGAAGAAAGAAAACAGAACAGGAAGAAAGGGAAGGGCCAGGCCUCCCAAAGCCAGUGCAACAACUCCUCUGACGGGAAGCUGGCCGCCAUGCCUUUACAGAAGAAGAGUGACAUCACCUACUUCAAAACCAUGCCCGACCUGCACUCGCAGCCCGUGCUCUUCAUCCCGGAUGUUCACUUCGCAAACCUGCAGAGGACUGGACAGGUGUAUUACAACGCAGAUGAUGAACGAGAAGGCAGCAGCGUCCUCGUUAAACGGAUGUUCCGGCCCAUGGAAGAGGAGUUCGGCCCAACGCCAUCCAAGCAGAUUAAGGAGGAAAACAUAAAGCGAGUGCUUUUGUACGUGAGGAAGGAGAAUGAUGACGUGUUCGACGCGCUGAUGCUGAAGUCACCCACGGUGAAGGGCCUGAUGGAAGCGCUGUCCGAGAAGUAUGGACUACCAGUGGAGAAAAUCACAAAGCUUUAUAAGAAGAGCAAAAAGGGCAUCCUGGUGAACAUGGAUGAUAACAUCAUUGAGCACUAUUCCAAUGAGGACACCUUCAUCCUCAACAUGGAGAGCAUGGUGGAAGGCUUCAAGAUCACACUUAUGGAGAUAUGAGCCCUGGCCCAAGUCCCCUCCACAGGAGCUUUCUUCAGUGCACUCCUCCCUGGGAUGGAUGGGAUCCUCGCGGCCCUGGAACCUGGAGAUCCAUCUCACCCACCUCACAAGGCUGUUACAAAGACUGCUGGAAGGGGGCGGGGCCCAAGGCCCGGUGACUGCCAAUGUUCAGCUCCUCCACUUGCUCCCCGUGGAGCUAAAGCCUGAGCCCCUCAGCAAAUUUCUUUAGGCCUGCCAGGCCCUUAUUUAUUGCCCAUUUCUCCCCAAGAGCCUGAUCCAGGACUCCAGUUACUGAUGGCUUCGUGUAAGACACCCAGAGUUUCUCCUUCAAGGGAAGCACAGCCGGUCCACCCAUCUCGAAGAGCCCGGGAAGCCGCUGUGUUUCUCUUAGCUCUCCACAUCUUUUGAGUGAAUGGUCAAGAUGAGCUACUUCUUGGUGCAGUCUUCAUGGAUGGGGUAAGAAGGACACCAUUUCCUGGCCCCAAACUUUCAGAUAGCUCUGAGGAAGGUUAUUUUACUAAAUACCUCCAGGGGAUCUCUCAGCAAGUAGCCACUGGGCCAUGUACAGGAAGACAUUCCGCUACUAUGUCAGUAAUAAGGAACACAACGUAUGCCUGGUGACAUGUACAUAUUUUGUUCAUAAUAUUGUGAUAAUAUAUUUUAUCUGUGGUGUAUGGGCAUGUUUACUGCCACUGGCCUGGAGGAGACACAUACCCAGAGACAAGGAGCAUUCUGCUCUAUCCAAGAGGAGGCUAGGAAAGUGGUCUUUGGGGGUGUUGUGUGACUGUGGUGAGUGCCAGGAUAGACUCUUCAUUGGGCCAUGCCCGAGGCCUUGUUUCCUGUCUCCAGAUGGAGCCCUUUCUCCUCAAACUUCCUUGAGCCCAUCGUAUUUUAUCUCAUGGCAAGAUGUCUGGGCAAGGCCAUACCGCCGGUGCCUUGUUUAGCUUGGUAUGGGGCAUCUUAAGCCUUUUUGCAAAGUUUCUUCUGCAGGGGUUUACUCUGGGGCCCUGUCGCUGGGACCUGCUGCAGAACUGCUUGGCUGACACUGGGAUCCCAGACACAGAAGUGCCUCACAGUUUACAUGCUUGUCCUUCAUCUCGAGUGGCCCCCUUGAACACCCAACUGCAGUUUUGCGAAGUGAGCCAGCCGCUCGGCUGGGCUGUGAAUAGCAGGUGUGGCAUCUCCUUGCUUCUGGAGACCGGAAGAGAUGAGGUUAUCCAUGCAGGCUGUGGAAAACCAUGGGAGCCCUGGCACUUCUAAAACCAGCUUUGGGAGGCACACAAGGCUGUUCUCUCCUUACCCUUGGGAGGUCAAGAGAAAACUGCUGCCCUGAACAGUCACGAAAGCAUGCCCCACCGUGGGCUGCUGUUCUCUUUGAUUUGAGAGGACAGGUCAGUACUUAGGGACUUGUAUGUGUCCCCAUGGGCUGAGCACUAGUUUGGGUAGCCACGCAAUCGCCCUCGGAGGCCUGGAUAAUGGGACAGCUUCCAUGGAAAGGCCCAGAUUUGUGAAGCACUUUGAUGUCUGAACCCGGAGGCUCUGCUCUCGGCUCCUGCCUCCUUGCCCCACGUGCCCCUGAAGCCCGGAGCAGCUAAGGCUGACUUUAGUCCAGCUGUUGCUCUCCAAGCUAAAGAGAGAUGGAAUGGAGUGGACAGUAGGUGCAGUGAAGAGUGUCCCAAGGGGUAGCAGGGCCGCCUUUCUGAGAGCCCCAGCACAGCCCUGUGCUCAGCUGUUUCUCAUCUUCACUCCUAAGCCAUUCCUUGAACCAGCAGCUUGGGGACCCUCCAGGGCACUAGUGGGUCUCUGAUCUAGGACACAGUAACUCUGUCGGAAAUAUAUGUUCUACACUGCUUGGGGUUAACUCAAAACAUGAUUGGCAGACCUUCCGGGUGCAUGCAGGACUCCGGAGGAAGGAGAAGACAGGUAUGUAGUCGCCUGACUGGCUACCAGCUCUUCUCUUCAGUCUCUCUGGAAAACUGCAGGUCUGAUGUAAGGCUGAAGACAGGCCAGAGAUGGCUUGGCUUUGCCUUUGUCCCGAACCCCUAAGCGGUCCUUGUGAAAGCCAUUGCGUGCCACAAGAGUGUUACAGCAUCAGGUUCUGGAGCGCCCACUGGGGCUUCCGUGUGUCUGCCCCCUGCUGUGCUAGCUGAGCUUUGCUGAGCUUCAUUGCCGGAACAAAAACACUCCAGCGGGAUGGAAACGCUUGCCUUGACACUGUCCCCUGAAUCAAUCUCACCCACAUAAAGAAGUUUUUGUUGUUAUUGUUUUUGAUCCAUAAAAGAUGAGGGAUGCAUGAAGCAAGAAAGUGUUUUCGUCCCACGUCCUAACAUUGUUGAAACUUCCCUGGUGUUUAGAAAUUGGAACCAACAGAAGAUGGCACAGUGAGUGGGCUGUCAUCAUAUUGAAAUCAGUUCCUGAAAGACUAAGGCAUGUCCUGGGGCAGAAUCCUGUGAUGCCCGAAACGAGUCAACAUUGGUUUUCCUUUGUAUCUAACAGUCAUGAAAAUGCAGCAGGACCAGAGGGUUUGUGCCAAAUUCUAAGAAUGGCCCUUUCUGAACGAUGAGUUAAGGGGGAUCUAUGUGUACAAUCGGCUCCCACAUUAAAAAAAAAAGAGAAAAUGUAACUUAACAGUUUUGUAAAGGGGAAAGGGGGAAUCUAUGAACUAUAAAUGUUAUUUUAUUUUUUGUACAUUUUUAAGAAGAAAUAAAUAUACA